AUGAAAAUUUUCUUUUGUUUACUGUCAUUUAUAACAUGUCAUUAUUUGGGAGAAUCCCACCAACCAUAUUUUCCUUCUCAAAUUGUAUUUUCGCCUGAUAGUGGUCGAACUGUAAUUGCUAUUGAUGAAAUCAAUCAGAAAGCUUUUAAAACAAGUGCUUAUGGUUCAAAAGGACAAGAAAAUUCGUAUGUUACGAAACAUUUUCCAUACUCAAUUCCUGAUUCCCCUCAAUCAAAAUAUUAUGUUCAAUUAUUAGUGGAUAGUCCACCUCUCGGUUGUAUGUACGGGACAUAUUGGAAAUAUGGUGGAAAUGUAUUUAAUUCAUUUCCAUCACAUUGGCUUAAUGGAAGUUCAUUCAAAAUUGAAAAUUAUAUAAAAUAUCCAUAUGAAAUGAUACAUUCAAUGAAUUCAUCUCAAGAUGAAGAUUACUGGUAUGCUAAUGUAACAUGUAGAACUGAUCCAGGAAAUAUAUAUCCAUGUGAAGAAAUUUAUUUUAAGAAAGAUACUGAAAUUCCUCUUCGAUCAACUAAAGUAAUUCGUCAAGGAUGGAACGUAGUACAAGUCACAACACCGUAUGAAAUAAUAUCAAUAGGAAAACCAGAUGAUAAAUAUUUUGAUUCAAUUCCCGAAAAUUGGUCAUCCAUCUGUCGUGAUGUUAUGCUUGGACUUUUAUAUUACCCUCAAUCAACUAAAAUUAUGUUAAAUGAAGCUGUUCAAAUUCAAGUAUGGCUUUCGACUCCUCCACAUCAAAUUAAUGGAAACUCUACUGCUCGUAUUCAAUGGAAAUCAGCUCAAUAUAACGACUGUUUUAUAUUGACACCUAAAGAAUUGUCGUUUGAUAACGAAAAUUUUUAUGAAAGACAAACAUUAACAAUAACUCGUGUUAAAGAUGGACCUCAAACAAAUCUUAUUCCAAUUUUUAAUGGUGGGGGUUUUGAUGCUGUUCCAGCUCAAAUCUAUCCUAUUAUUAUUGCAUAA